CGUGAUGUGAUGGAGUUUCAAGCUUAACCAUUUGCAAUUACGUCUGGCCAAAAUAACGAAUGUGGAAUCAAAGUGAGGUUGAAGAAGUAACCGUCGUAAGAGGAAAAAAACCUUCUGAACGACGAUUGGAAUGGAUUCGCGAUCAAGAACACAUUGUUCUGAUCUGACUGUUACGUUUCUUUGUUGUUGGACGGACAUUGAGCCUAGCUAUGAAUACAUCAUCAUCAUCAUGAUGGUGGUGACGACGACGACGGUGAUUUUUCCUGAUACAGCGAUUCCGAAUUUCAAAACAGGCAGAUUGAUUGAAUAUCAUGGACUUCAUGUUUCCUUUUCCAUUACCGAUUGGUUCAAUAUCCUCUCGUGAAUAUGCUUUUUGGGUCAUGUAUAGCCAUUGCCCUGCUGUCUUCGCCGGCAUUCUCUUGUGUGUUAUUGUUUAUAGAUUGACUGCUUGUGCAAGUUCUCUUUUGUUCAAGGGAUAUGGAAGAUUGAGCAGUGCUAAGAAAGUUGAAUGGAAUAACAGGGGGUUCUCAACGUUCCAUGCUCUUUUUGUAGCAUUUUCAUCCUUAUACCUUCUAAUCAUCUCAGAUAUAGUUCAUGAAGAUUCUUUUGAUGAGCUAGUUGUUAAUAGAUCAUCUACUUUGUCUGAUACAGUACUUGGGAUUUCUGUAGGCUAUUUUCUUGCAGAUCUGGCAAUGAUUCUUUGGAAAUUUCCAGUUUUGGGUGGUCUUGAAUAUGUCCUACAUCAUGGAUUAUCCUUAUUUUCAAUCACACUAUCUCUGCUAAGUGGUCAAGGACAGAUCUAUGUGCUGAUGAUUCUUCUCUCUGAAAGCACAACUCCUUUUGUAAAUCUAAGAUGGUACUUGGAUGUUGCUGGCCUUAAGAACUCCAAACUUUACAUUGGGAAUGGCAUUGCAUUAUUCUUUGGGUGGAUGAUUGCAAGGAUUUUUCUGUUCAUCUUCUUUUCUCACAUGUGGAUCCAUUUUGAUGAGAUAAGGGGAAUCUGUGCUUUGGGAUUUUACAGCUUGAUUGGGGUGCCUCCUGUGCUGGCAAUCAUGAACAUAUUGUGGUUCUGGAAGAUUGCAAAGGGUAUGUUUAGAACUAUUUCAAAGGCAAACUACAGCAAUUGAGCCCCUCAAGAAGCUCCUAUUAUGUAAACGACGUUGCCCCUUGCUUUCAUUUGCAAUCCAUAUUUUGUAAACGACGUUGCUGUCAACUUCCAUAUGCAGAUUGCAACACAUAUGAGAGGAACAUUACUCCCUCCCUCUCUCUCUCUCUCUGUCCAUAUAAAUUUAUAUAUCAUUCUCAAUGUCAUUUCGUCACAUGAUAUAUUAUUACAUGGCAUCACAAUCCUAAGUA